GUCUAACCCAUCCCUCUGGAAACCGCCGGAAGCUCGACGCGGUGAGUGGCGAUCCGCCGGAGCGAUCGGGAGAGGAGGACGAGGUGGACGGGACUCGUCGCGGUGAUCAGCGGCGGAGAGAAGAGGGAGGGAGGGAUGGGGUUGGUGGGGGCGGUGCUGGGCCCGGAGGCGGCGGCGCUGGUGCGGCUGCGGGCGGCGGCGUGGCGGCUGCGGAGGGAGGUCCCCGCCGGCGAGCACUGGGCCUUCGCCUACUCCAUGCUGCACCGCGUCUCCCGCAGCUUCGCGCUCGUCAUCCAGCAGCUCGGCCCGGACCUCCGCAAUGCCGUGUGCGUCUUCUACCUGGUGCUUCGGGCGCUCGACACCGUCGAAGAUGACACUAGCAUCCCUACUGAGAUUAAGGUGCCCAUUCUUAACGAAUUCCACCAUCAUAUCUAUAACCGUGAUUGGCAUUUUUCAUGUGGAACAAAGGACUACAAGAUUCUGAUGGAUAAAUUCCACUACGUCUUGACAGCUUUCUUGGAGCUUGGCUCAGGAUUCCAAGAGGCAAUUGAAGAAAUUACGAGAAGAAUGGGCGCAGGAAUGGCAAAGUUUAUAUGCAAGGAGGUUGAAACCGUUGAUGAUUAUGAUGAGUACUGUCACUACGUGGCAGGGCUAGUCGGCAUUGGACUUUCAAGGCUCUUUCAUGCUGCUGGUCUAGAAGAUCUUGCUCCUGAAUCUCUUUCUAAUUCAAUGAGUUUAUUUUUGCAGAAAGUCAACAUUACUCGGGAUUACCUGGAGGACAUAAAUGAGACACCAAAAUCACGCAUGUUCUGGCCACGAGAAAUAUGGAGUAAAUAUGUUGAUAAACUUGAGGAUCUCAAAUACGAAGAAAAUUCAGUGAAUGCAGUGAAAUGCUUGAAUGAGAUGGUAACUAAUGGUUUAAUACAUACUGAAGAUUGCCUUCGAUAUAUGUCUGCUCUAAAGGAUAUUGCUAUUCUCCGUUUUUGUGCAAUUCCCCAGGUAAUGGCACUUGCAACCUAUGCUCUGUGCUAUAACAACGUGAAUGUAUUUCGAGGAGUUGUGAAGAUGAGGCGUGGACUGACUGCACGAAUAAUCAAUGAAACAAAUUCAAUGUCUGAUGUGUACACUGCUUUCUAUGAAUUCUCUUCAUUGCUUGAGGAGAAGAUUGACGAAAACGAUCCAAAUGCAUCGCUUACAUGGAAAUACGUGAAUGCAAUAAAGGAGAGCUGCAAAUCAUCCGGCAUGCUGAAGAAAAGGGGAUAUGACUUGGAUAGGCCAAAACGGAACCCUGCUAUGACCGUGAUGCUGCUGCUUCUCUUAGUAGCUCUUUUAUUGGGAGCUCUAUACGGGAGGUGAUCGAUUCUCUGCUAUAUUUUGUUUCAUCCCAUGGCACCAUGCCAUCUCUAUAAGUAUAUUGUGUAUUGUUUUUCUCUAGAUCUAUCAUGUGAUUUUACUAAAACUACACGAAUGUAACUACCUUUUAGUGUAAUUAUAAUUAAAUAUAAUAUAACUCGUAUGUAAUUCUAACGUAACUAGGGUAGUAAUUUUUUUAUUUGCAUAAGACUUACUCCGUAUAUAUUAGUUACAAGUAUAACUACAUGUUAGUUAAAUUAUAUUUGAACUAUAGGUACAUUCGGUAACUCAAAAAAAAGGGUGAUAUAUAAGCACUUGACACCAUGCUGUGUAUUGUAUAACUGGAAGGGCACGUUAUAUACUUUUUUUGAAAUGGGAUAAAACCCAGUCUCUACAACUACAUCCAUUAUAGUACUAUAUAAAUCUAGACAAUAUAUAAAUCUAGACAACAAGAAAGUCUUCUAUAGUAAAAUAGGUGUAUUAUAUGGCUAAACCUGCAGCUCUAUAUAUCCAUUGAUUUU